AUGGCCCGAGGCGCGGAGCGAGGCCGCGGGGACGCGGGCUGGGGGCUGCGCGGCGCCCUGGCGGCCGUGGCGCUGCUGUCGGCGCUCAGCGCGGCGGGCACGGUGUUCGCGCUGUGCCAGUGGCGCGGGCUGAGCGCGGCGCUGCGAGCGCUGGAGGCGCAGCGGGGUCGGGAGCAGCGCGAGGACAGCGCCCUGCGCGCCUUCCUGGCCGAGCUGAGCCGCGCGCCGCGCCGGCCGCCCGCGCCACCCCCGGACCCUGCGAGCGCCGCGCGCAACAAGCGCAGCCACGGCGGGGAGCCCGCGCCGCACAUCCGCGCCGAGAGCCAGGACAUGCUGAUGAUGAUGACCUACUCCCUCGUGCCGGUCCGGGUGAUGGUGGACCUGUGCAACAGCACCAAGGGCAUCUGCCUGACAGGACCACCUGGCCCACCAGGACCUCCAGGAGUUGGUGGGCAACCAGGACACAAUGGAUCAGAUGGACAGCCUGGUCCCCAGGGCCCAAAAGGCGAAAAAGGAGCAAAUGGAAGAAAAGGAAAAAUGGGCUUACCUGGAGCCACAGGAAGUCCAGGGGAAAAGGGAGACCCUGGUGAACUGGGCUCGACUGGAAACGAGGGCCCACCAGGGCAGAAGGGUGAGAAGGGAGACAAAGGAGAUGUGUCCAACGAUGUGCUUCUGGCAGGUGCCAAAGGUGACCAAGGCCCACCUGGCCCACCUGGGCCUCCAGGCCCUCCAGGACCCCCUGGAAGAAGAGCCAAAGGCCCUCGGCAGCCAAACAUGUUCAACGGCCAGUGCCCAGGUGAGACCUGUGCCACACCAAAUGAUGAUACCUUGGUUGGAAAAGCUGAUGAGAAAGUCAAUGAACACCAUUCCCCACAAGCAGAAUCUAUGAUUGCUUCCAUUGGAAACCCAAUGCAAGUAUUAAAAGUUACAGAGACAUUUGGGACUUGGAUAAGAGAGUCUGCUAACAAGACCGAUGACCGUAUUUGGAUGACUGAACAUUUUUCAGGCAUCAUGGUGAAGGAAUUCAAAGACCAGCCCUCACUUCUGAAUGGCAGCUACACAUUCAUCCACCUCCCGUAUUACUUCCAUGGCUGUGGGCAUGCCGUUUACAACAACUCUCUCUACUACCACAAAGGAGGCUCCAACACCAUAGUGAGAUUUGAAUUUGGCAAAAAAACAUCCCAAACUCUGAAGCUUGAAAAUGCCUUGUAUUUUGAUCGAAAAUACCUUUUUGCAAAUUCCAAGACUUACUUCAAUCUAGCUGUAGAUGAAAAGGGCCUUUGGAUUAUCUAUGCUUCAAGCGUGGAUGGCUCAAGCAUUCUCGUCGCACAACUGGAUGAGAGGACAUUCUCUGUGGUGCAGCACAUCAAUACCACGUACCCCAAAUCCAAGGCCGGCAACGCCUUCAUUGCCCAAGGAAUCCUCUAUGUCACAGACACCAAAGAUAUGAGGAUAACAUUUGCCUUUGAUUUGUUAGGAGGGAAACAGAUCAAUGCAAGCUUUGAUUUAAGAACUUCCCAGUCUGUUCUUGCCAUGUUAUCGUACAACAUGAGAGAACAGCAUUUAUAUUCAUGGGAAGAUGGCCAUUUAAUGCUUUAUCCUGUGCACUUUUUGUCAGCUACAUUAAACCAGUGA